AUUUUUGUAGCUAACUUUUGCUACAUACAUUUUUAUAAUGUAUUUAUGGACUUACCAGACGCAGUGCUUGGGAAAGUGACUCUUGUGUCCACUCUAGUUGUAUUUACAUUGUUUAUAUUUUGGGUCAACUCAUAUCCCUUCAUAGACGACGAGCUUCCUAUUUACAAAUAUAUUCCAAAUCCACAGUGGGGUCUUCUGUUCUGUGCUGUUUGGGGACUUUUUUUUAUCGGGGGGCUCAUGUGUUUUACACUAUACCAUCUGUACCCAUAUUUAUAAAGAUGUCCAACUGGGUGAUUAUAGGUAUAUCAGGUGUAACUUGUGGUGGAAAGACAACAUUAUCAAAUAGACUUAAAGACUUAUUAGUUCCUGUGUAUGUGUUUCAUCAAGAUAAAUACUUCUACCCUGAUGAUAGUCCACAUCAUGUCAAGUGUCAGAACUUAGAUCAUAAUAACUAUGAUAUAUUGUCAGCACUGGAUAUGGACACAAUGUAUAAUGAUAUUGUCAGUUUGAUGCGGGGUGAGAAUAAGAGUCACUACAGUUGUGAAGUGAGAGCAGAGGGCAAGUUGGAGGUUCCCGGAAAGAAAUUUGUCAUCAUUGAAGGGUUCACUGUGUUGAACUAUAAACCUAUUAUGGAAUUAUGUAAUUUAAGAUAUUACUUUAUACUGGAGUAUGGCAUUUGUUUCGAGCGGCGCACGAUGCGACUGUACGACCCGCCCGACAUCGACGGUUACUUCGAGCAGUGCGUGUGGCCUGAGCAUCUGCGGUACCGGGCUGAGAUAGAAAAAGACGGGCGCGUCACUCUCCUGGACGGAACCAGACCCGACGUGUUGGACACUGUGGUCGGGGACCUCACCAGCUGCGGGCCUGUCUAGAGCCAGCCUCUCAACCCAGCCCCUCCGGCCGUAUCAUGUGUUCAAUAAAUUAGUUUAUCUAAUAUCUACA